AUGAAGGCCUUCAACCAAGCAUUCAAUCAGCCAGGGGGCGCGUUUCGAGUCCUCCUCGUCACCUUUGCGAUCGUCCAUUUCGUCCGAAUAUUUCUAAUUCCCACCGUCGCGUGGCUAAUCGGCAGUGAGGAAUUCGCAGACACCGAGCGCGUAGUCCGUAUCAUCGGGUUUCGGCCGUCGGGCCCGUGCUCCCUCCCGCGGCCGGUGAGCAACUGCACGGUGAACGAGCGCAUCCACAUCGUGCUGGUGAGCGCGCAAUGGGACCGCGAGCCGUUCACGCGCGACGAGACGGAGGUGAUUCUCAAGUCGAUCCUGAUGUCGACGCAGUGCCGGCUGUUCUUCCACUUCAUGGUGUCGGGCGAGGCGGAGGAGUGGGGCAUCUCCGACAUGAUGGAGCAGCUCGGCGCCGUGCCCUUCGACGCCGUGGGGCCCGUGUCGCCGAACCUCGUGCGCCACGACAUCGACGCGCUCGUCGACCAGAUCAGCUACGACCCCAACCACGACGACAAGGUCCGCGCGCCCGUCCCGCCCUGCGUCACUCUGGCGCCGUGCCUGGCGGGCCGUGAGCCACGCAUUCAGUGGCGGACGAUCCUCCAGUGGGCUACACCAUCCACCCCAUCCCCGUCUGCUGGGUUCGCCAUAAGGCAAGUGCGCCGCCUUCAACCACACGUCACUGCUACCCCUCAUGUUGCGUUCCAUGCGCGCACCGUACCUUGCACCACCACCAACCCAGCUGACACAUGCAUGCGCGCAUCCAUCCUCCCCCUCCCCUCCCCUUCUUCCUUCCGCGCGGCGGGUUGGCAGGCGGAGCUGCUGGGGAUAAACAUAACGCACCAUUCGGGCGAGGCGGGGUUUGCGAAGCUGUUUCUGCCGGAGAUCCUGUGGAACGUGCGGCGCGCCAUCUACCUGGACGUGGACAUGGUGGCGGCAGAGGACCUGGGCGCGCUGUGGGGGUACUUCCGCGAGAUGGACGCCGACCCCGACCUGCUGCUCUUCAUGGGCGACAACCACCCCACCGCCUACGGCCCGCGCUCGCGCUACCCCUUCUGCUCCUGCCAGCUCAUCAUGGACCUCGACCGCCUCCGCCGCCACAACCUCACCCGCGUACGCCCGCCCGCCCCUGCACUCCCCGUCCGCCCCUGCACUCCUCUGCCCGCCCCCUGCACUCCCCACCCGCCCCUGCACUCCCCACCCGCCCCCUGCACUCCCCACCCGCCCCUGCACUCCCCACCCGCCCCUGCACUCCUCUGCCCGCCCCUGCACUCCUCUUCCCGCCCCUGCACUCCCCUGCCCACCCCUGCACUCCUCUGCUCACCCCUGCACUCCUCUGCAUACCCCUUCACUCCUCUGCCCACCCCUGCACCCCUCCGCCCCUGCACACCUCCACCUACAAUGGCUAUUCUUGCAGCCUCUAGGCUCUAUGCUGUUGGCGUUGAUGCGUGGCUGGUGAUGGAGGCGUUUGGCGAGCAGAAGGCGAUGGAGGUGUGGGGGUUCAGGCCGGGCGACCAGUGGGUGUUCACGAUGAUGUGCAUGAACAACCCCGACAAGUGCCGCACCCUGCCCAAGAUCUGGAACGUCUCCGGCUGCUCCAAGCCCCGCUUCCUCGGCCUCAACGCCCGCGACAAGGACCAGCCCGCAUGCCACAUGUCUCAUGUGUCUCUCUCCCCCCCUGUGUGGUGUGUGGUGUGCAUGGGUGGUGAGGCAGAACGGGACGUGUUGGCGAAUGGCGCAUUUCAACUGCAUAGGACCCGUGUGAGCGCGCGCGCGUCCACCCGCCACCUGCCGCCCAUCCCCACGACCUUCCCGCCGCUGCCUGACCCCGCCUUGCCGCCCUACGAACAGUUUGUGCUGCCCAACGGUCUGCGCGUCUUUCUCCUCGAAGACCACGAGCUGGGGCUGGUGGGAGGGCAGCUGCUAGUGAAGGGCGGGGCCCAGUAUGAAGCGCCCGACAAGGUGGGAGUGGCGGGCAUGAUGGCAGCGGUGCAGCGCAGUGGAGGCACGCAGCAGUACCCCGAGGAGCAACUUGAUGACACGCUUGAGGCAAUGGCGGCGUCCAUAGAGACAUCAGCGGGCACCUCAUCGCUCUCAGCGUCCUUCCGCUGCCUGCAAGAGGACGCGCCCACCCUCCUCCCCCUGCUUCGCGAUGUGGUGCUGGCACCGCUGCUACCAGCGUCCAAGCUGGCCUUCUCGCGCACGCAGCUGCUCGGCUCCAUCGCCCGCCGCAACGACGAUCCAGGGCGGGUGGCAUCAAGGGAGCUGCAGCGCCUGCUCUACAGCCCCGCCUCCCCGCGCGGCCGCUACCCCCUCGCUGCUGACGUCGCCCGCAUCUCCCUCGCCGACCUGCGCGCCUUCCACGCAGCUUCCUACAGCGACCCAUCGCAGGCGGUGCUGGGAGUGUGGGGCGACUUUGACGCGCGGAGCAUGCGCGCGCUGCUGGAGGACACCUUCCUCGCCUGGCCCGCUGCCCCCACCACCCCUGCACGCCGCGCUGCCAAGGGGCGGGCGGUGCCGUACUGGGGGCCGGAGGAGGGCGUGGCGGUCAGUGCUGCGGGCGUGUACGUGGUGGACCGACCGGGGCUCACCCAGAGCAUAGUGCGAGUGGGAGAGCUGGGCAUCACCAUCAGUGACCCGGACGUGUUUGCACUCGAUGUGCUCAACGCCAUCCUCAAUGGCUUCGGGGGCCGCCUCUUCGACCAGGUGCGCUCGAGGGAGGGUCUGGCAUACUCGGUGUCGGGUUCAUGGUCGCCAGGCGUUGACCACCGGUGCAAGACCUGCUCUCUCUCACCAGCAGUUGUGCCGGUGUGUGUCCCAUGCGUGCAGGGGGCGUUUGUGGGGGGUGGGGAGACGAGGGCGGAGGCAGUGGGGCAGUUCAUCACAGCAGUGCAGCGCGUGCUGGGGGAGGCCACGCUGUUACCACCUUCACCGGGUGAGCCCCCCCCCUGCCACUGCCUGCCUGGCACCUCAUGCCUCAGCACCUGUUGCGUGCGGCAAAGGCACUCAUCCACUGUCACCUCAUGUGUUUGUGGCGGUGCUGCUGUGGAGUGGAGUGCAGGCGAGCUACAGGAGGCCAAGGACCGGCUAUUCCACUGCUUAUGUGCUCUGCAACCUCAUUCCCGCAAGCCUCUCCUCCCUAUGCCUGUGUGCACUGGCAGUGGAGCGCAGCUGAGUCGCAUAAUGACGUACGACCUGUUUGGCAUCGACCAGGACUUCAUCUUUGAGUUCAAACGCCGCGUCGAGGCGCUCUCCCCCGAGGCCGUGCUGGCAGCAGCACAGCGCCGCCUGCACCCGGUGGAGCAGCCCAUCGUGGUGGUGGCGGACGCUGCUGCCGUCAUGCCGCAGCUCUCCUCCCUCGGCCUGCCCGUCACCCUCAUUGACCCUGUCUAG